UAAAAAAGUCAUAGAAGGGAAGAGAGAAACAUAAGAAAGAAGAUCAAAAGAAAAAAGAGAAACAAAUGGCAGCACUGGGUGGCUUUACCGACAUCACCGGAGCACAGAACAGCAUCGAUAUCGAAAAUCUCGCUCGCUUUGCUGUUGAUGAACACAACAAAAAAGAGAAUGCAGUUCUGGAGUUUGUGAGGGUGAUUAGUGCAAAGAAACAAGUGGUUUCUGGCACCUUGUACUAUAUCACUUUGGAGGCAAAUGAUGGUGUGACGAAAAAGGUUUAUGAAACUAAGGUGUUGGAGAAACCAUGGUUGAACAUCAAGGAGGUUCAGGAAUUCAAGCCCAUCACUAAAAGAGAAAUGGCAACAGAAACAAAAGUGCAAGAAUUAGGUGGCAUCACCGAUGUGCAUGGAGCUGCCAACAGCGUCGAGAUCAACAAUCUCGCUCGCUUUGCUGUAGAGGAACAAAACAAAAGAGAGAAUUCAGUUCUGGAGUUUGUGAGGGUGAUUAGUGCACAGCAGCAAGUGGUUUCUGGAGUGAAUUACUACAUAACAUUGGAAGCAAAAGAUGGUGAGAUUAAAAAUGAGUAUGAAGCGAAGGUUUGGGUGAGGGAAUGGUUGAACUCCAAAGAGUUGCUAGAAUUCAAGCCAGUCAAUGUUUCUAGCACACCAAUAGGUGGCAUUACCGAUGUGACUGCGAAUAGCCUCGAGAUCGACAUUCUCGCUCGUUUUGCUGUUGAUCAACACAACAAAAAAGAGAAUGCAAAUCUGGAGUUUGUGGGGGUGAUUAGGGCAAAGCAGCAGGUGGUGGAAGGGUUCAUAUACUACAUCACUUUGGAAGCAAAAGAUGGUGAAACCAAAAAUGUGUAUGAAACGAAGGUGUGGGUGAGAUCAUGGUUGAACUCCAAGGAGGUCCUCGAAUUCAAGCCCAUCAGUAUUAAUCCUCUUUCGGUGUCGGUCUAGUCUUUAUAAGGUUACAGAAAUAAAUGGUCGCAAGGUGAAAGUUGUACUAAAAUUUAUUUUUUAUAAAAAAAAUCGAAGGUAGUAUUAAAUAUGUUAUAUGUAUGUAUUGUGCAGAAUAAAUGCAGCCACGUACUAUAUAUAAUGGUACAUGCGGUGUAGGGCUGUACAAAUUGGGCAUCCUAUUUCAAUAUUAACGACCACUAAUAAAUAUUACCAUUGGAGUUAUUACGUAUU